AUGGAGCGUUUCGAAAACGAAUAUGGCACGUUGACAUCGCUGGCGCUUUUUUUCGGCCCUUUAACCACGGUUCCUGCGCUUUUAUAUCUUGCUAUCGAAGCAACCAUUUUUCGAAUGGACAACGCUAUUAUGGGUGCAAGCAUAUGGGUCUUCUUACUUCUCGGCAUGGAGGCUAUUCGAACCUAUCGAUCGAAUCCUCAUCUUAUAAUUGGCACGCAUCAUAUUCCAACUUGGACAACCCCGUUACUUCUGGCCUUUGUUGUAGCAGCGCUGGUCCCAAGCUCAAGUCUACUUGGGCAUCUUUGUGGUCUCGGUGUUGGAUAUAUAGCCGGCCUUGGCUACGUUAAAUACAUUGCCCCCCCUGAGUGGGCGCUUCGAUGGCUCGAGUCGAAGCUCAAACUUAUUACGAUCCUGCCCCAUUAUGUCAGUGUAGAUCAAAAGACGUAUGGUAGAUUUGGUGUUUUGCCGUCUACUAACCGCGUGGGGGGAAGCCCAGCCAUUGAGUUGGUUGGGACCUCCGCCAUGGCGCUGCGGCGCGAUCCCCGUAUGCUGAAGCUGCCUCCAUAUCUGUCCCUCGCCUGUAUAGUAGUGGGCUUUGCUUGGCUCCUCGUCCUUCCGCUCGACAAUUACUCCAGACGAACAUACAUAUCUGAGAAUGCCUUGCUACCUGGGCAAGUGCAUACAUAUUUCGGCGGCAGCGAGCAGAACAUCUUCAGAGCCUACAGGCGUGAAGUCGAUGCGCUUGAGAACAAAAACAAUCAUGAGAUCAAUGACCAGAUCGAAGUUUUUUUAAAAGAGGUCGGGGUCAAAGUUGGACGACAAAACUACACCUACCAUUAUGGAGGAAACGAGUGCUCUGGUGAGAACAUCUACGGCAUUCUUCAAGCGCCUCGUGGCGACGCUACGGAAGCGAUCGUUCUGGUGGCGGCAUGGAAGACUGUGAAAGAAGAGAUAAAUCGCAACGGAGUCACUCUUGCACUCACCCUCGCGCGAUACUUUAAGCGCUGGUCUCUCUGGUCGAAGGAUAUCAUUAUCGUCAUCCCACCCGACAGCAAAGCCGGAACUCAGGCAUGGGUCGACGCCUAUCAUGAUGCACACAAUGCGAGAUACGUUGCACCUCUACCACUCAAGUCUGGUGCGCUUCAAGGGGCUCUAGCUCUCGAUUACGCAGUAGAUCACCGAUUCGAAGCUCUGCAUAUCAUUUACGACGGAACCAAUGGCCAGUUGCCAAAUUUAGAUCUUAUCAAUUCGAUGGUCAAUAUUGCGGGUGGUCAAAUGGGUGUUCACACUGCUAUCCAAGGUAUAGAAAAUCACUCCAACAGCUACAAAGACCGGCUACACACCAUCCUACGCGGUAUGGUGAGGCAAAGCCUCGGGCUCGCGACAGGUCCCCAUAGUAGCUUCAUCCCUUACCAUGUCGAUGCGAUCACGUUGCAACCAUACGGAGAAGGCUGGCACGACGAGAUGGCACUGGGGCGAAUUGUCGAGGGUACCUUCCGGAGUCUGAACAACUUGUUGGAGCAUCUCCAUCAAAGCUUCUUCUUUUAUCUCCUCAUGCAUAGAGAUCAUUUUGUCAGCAUUGGAACAUACCUUCCUAGUGCUAUGCUUUUGGCCGCCAACUUCAGCAUCAUGGCUAUUUUCCUGUGGGUGAAGAGUGGACAGGCGCCGCAAACCAAUCCACAAGCUUCGGGUACCCCCAAGGCACCGGUGUUAAAGACAGGUAUCACUCAAGCCGCAUCCACCACUGUUGAGAGAGAUCUUUUCUUGCCUAUAUCUGUCGUCACCACAUGCCAGGCGCUUUCCGUUAUCCCAUUGUUUGUGUUCAACAACAUUUCAGCUUCGGUAUGCUCUCCAAGCAAUGCUUUUUCAGGCCUAUCAAGCUAA